AUAACAGGAAGAGAAAAUAAGGAUUCCUGCUGUUGCAUUUUGUAGUGACAGAUUUAAACGAAUAAUAUAUUUGUUCAACAUACAGAAGACCGUGAUGGCUGCCAUAAUCACAGAAACACAAAGCAUAAAAGAAGCAGUAACUUCCAUCAACACAAUUGAACUGAAUAAAUUCUCCAGACUACUUUCACGAAUUCUGCAGAAACUUCACCUGAAGGAAGAGCGUACGUUCAGUGAGGAGGAAGAACAGAAACUGCAGAGUGCUUUGUCAUUGGACAAGCAGGAUCUCAGUCUAGUGCUGGAUACAACUGCCUUCAUUCUAGAACAGGCUGUCUAUCAUAAUGUGAAGCCUGCAUCCCUGAAGCAGCAGCUGGAGAAGAUCCAUCUUUCCCCAGAGAAGGCGGAGGCCUUCUGCCAGGCCUGGACCGCUGUCUGCCCAGAUGUCGUGGAGAAAGUCAGGCAGAGGAUUUUUGCUCCCAAAAAGCUGGAACAUGUCGGAUGGCAGCUCAACCUUCAGAUGGCCAAGUCCACCCAAGCCAAGUUGAAGGAUCCACAUGCAGUGCUGGAGCUCGGUGUCAGAAAUGAGGAUUCUGAGAGUGUGGUGGAGAAAGUGUUUGUGGAGUUCAGCCACCAGGAGUUGCUUCAGUUCUACAACCAGCUGGAGACGGUUCAAGCCCAAUUGGACUCCCUCACCUGAUGCGGGUUCCAUUCUAUUUCUAUAUGAUGACAGCUAUGGAAGAAGCAGUGUUGUCAUUAAAAUUCCCCAUGCACACUGACAGGACACCUAUCAUAACAAUGUGAUGGUAUAAUAAGGGAGAUCUCACAUUUCCCUGUUUGUUGAGAGCAAAGGAUGUGCGUGUGUGUGUAUAGAACUGUAAUCCAACUACAUUUCAUCCUUCAAUGAAACUAUUUUUCUACCUGUGUUUUCCGAUGUGCAACAUGAAUGUUGCUGGUGAAAUUCAGGCAAUGUUAUUUUUUAGGAAUGUUUCUAUAUGAAUGCUGAUGAAAUGUUACUAAUGUACAAACACUGAACAUGAUAUCAUGUAUAUGUAAUCUAAAGCACUAGAGGAAUAUAAAACAUGUUGUAAUC